UCAAAUUUGCCUGGCUAUGGACAAUCCACAGGAAAGCCCAGCGAAAAGAAUUGUUAUGCAGAUAUAGAAGCCACAUUAAGAUGUUUGAAAGAGAAAUAUGGAGUACAGGAGGACCGAGUUAUACUUUAUGGCCAGUCUAUAGGAAGUGGCCCUUCUGUUGAUUUAGCAGCAAGAAUGAACAAACUGGGAGGGGUUGUUUUACAGGGUGCAAUACUUUCUGGAUUACGUGUUAUCUUCCCUGUGAAGAAAACCUACUAUUUUGACAUUUUUAACAAUGUGGAUAAGAUUGAAAGGGUGAAUUGCCCUGUGCUUGUCAUGCAUGGUACUUUGGAUGAAGUUGUGGAUUUUUCGCAUGGAGAACAGCUAUGGGAUCUUUGCAAGGAAAAGUUUCAGCCCUUGUCGGUUAUGCAUGGGAGACAUAAUGAUUUGGAGAGCUUUAGGGUUUUUUCUUCACAUCUAAAAAAGUUUUUGUCCAGUGUGGAGAGAAGACUACUUUUGAGUAGUACUAGUGAAAGUUACAGGCAAGAACCUUCCAUUGAGCAUUUAAGAUGCCCACUAACUUUGAGUGUUGAACAGCGUUCAAAUUCAAAAAUUUCUCCCACGCAAAUUUCAGUGGAUGUCCGUAUAAAUUCCAUCGCAGCCCGUGGGCAGUUUUUGUUUCCCACCGCUCUCCUGGCCUAUGCUAAAAUGGGAGCUUUCUGA